AUGCAGGGUCGCUCGCUGCUGAGGACGGAGGCGGUGCCUGCGCGCCACACUGUCUGGAGGGUCGGAGCGCGAGGCGGAGGCAGCGCCGAUGGCGGCUGCAGCAGCCGAGGGCGAAGCGGCCGCGCAGGCAGCCCCUUCGCGCUUCGCCUCUGCUUGGCACUCUGCUUGGCACGUAUUCGACGAGACUGCGUCGGGGGGAAUCCGAAUGCGCGCGAAGGCUCGCUGCAUAAGCUCGUGGCUACCAACAACGUUGCGGGCGUUCGCCUUUGGCUGCUGAAUCCAUUCUGCAGAGGCAUGAUCAACGACCUCAAUCAUGCAGGGGAGACGCCGCUUCACGUCGCGCUGCAGUGCUGCAACCCUCGUAUUCUGUCUCUCCUGCUGGAGCCGCCGCCGCUGCAGAUAACGCCCUCGCUGCUCGCGUCCUGCGCGCCGCGGCUGACGAGCUCGACGCGGCUGUCCGCGGACGCAGCGACGCAGGUUGACGAUUCGGCUGCGAAGAGCUGCGGCGCGGAUGUGGCGGCGCAAACUGUUUCGCUGGAGGACGUGCUUGCGGAGAAGCAUGUGAUUUGCUCGUCGAAACCCGCAGGCCAUCUGGGGACGUCGGAGCUUGCCUGCAGCGCGACAGCCGCUGUUGCAGAGGCAGCCGCGUUUGAGGUAGCCGUCGCCACCGCGGCGCGCGUCGACUUCAGCAUUCCUCUGGACGGAAUCCCCACACUUCACCUGCUCAUUGGUCGCACCGCCUUCGGGGCGGCGCGGGGGGAAGACGCGCUCGAGUGCCUGAAACGUGUUCUCCUGCACAUUGGGCGCUUCCAGGCAGGCGCGGUGGAUCGAUGCCCGCGGUGCUCGCCGACCAAAGUCAAGGCGACGGCGGCGGCGACCAAGGCUCUUUCCGAGAAACGCGGAGGCGAGGCUGAAUCGAUGCCUGCGGCUGUCGAGGGCGCUAUGCAGAGUGCAAACCAACCAGCCGCUGCUGCUUCGCCUUCAGGGGCGGAGGCGGAUGUCCAGCCACGCUGCGGGUGCUGCGGCGCGCCGUCUCCGGCUCCAGGAUGGCAGAGCAGCGCCGGCGACCCUGCCGCAGAGAACGCGCAGUUUUGCUGUCCGCUGUACUUCAGCCAGAACGGCGGCGAAUCGGAGGCAGCCGACACCAUUCUUUUGGACUUGGAGGCGAUGGACUUGCAGGGGCGGACUGCGCUGCACCUCGCGUGCUCGUUCGGCGUCGCGCCGGUCGCCGAGUUGCUGCUGCACGCCGGAGCCUCGCCCUGGGCGCGGCAGCUCAGGGUCGGUCAACUGCCUCUCCAUUCUGCGAUCGAUGCCGAUGAUCCCGCGUGUUGCCUUCUGCUUUUGCGGCACACUCUGCCUUGCCGCUUUCUGGUGAACCCCAUGUGCCGCUGCAGCAGCCCCGGCGAGAGCUCCACGGCUGCGGGCGCCGCGUCCCAAAGCAGCGUGCUGCCCCUGAGCAACUCGACUGAAGCCAGAAGGCUCGUUUUUCAGCUCGUUCGACGCUGCGUUCGACGGGGUUCGUGGAAGUGUCUCCGGGCUCUGCUUCUGUAUCCAACGGAGCGAGUCGGCGGCGCGGCAUAUGACGUUGCAGGGAGUGGCGCGGAGGCCCAAACCGGGAAGCAGCCGCGCAGACUGCAGACAGACGUGGCGACCGCUGCAUCCAAUGCCGGAAAGUGCAAACCAGAUGCCUCGCCCUGGUGCGCAGCGCUGCAUCUGCUCUUAGAUGGCGACACCGCUGGAUGGAGCUGCCUGAGGGAGCAGGCAUGGCGCGCCGGCUCGCUGUGCGACCUGCAGGAGCAGCUCCGGCGCGUCCUCGCCAGCACUCCCGCAUGCUGUCAGGCGGCUGCCGCGUCGUGGGGCGUAGAUGUGACAGACGCAGAUCAAGGCAGCUCGACUGUGUACAGCCCCAAGGCCGAGAGCGAAAAGCAACGAUUGCUGCAGGCGCUGUUUGCGGCGCGAGCGGUUGACGCUCUGGAGAUUUCGAGACCAGCUGAAGGACGGACUAUGGUCGUGACGCAUGCGCUCUGCCUCGAACACUUGCCGCUUCCUGAACCGGCCGACAUGCCGCUGAAGCGCUAUAAACUCAUGCAGCGAUUCCCAGAAAACCCAAGCCGACUAGAGGUCGUGACGUCGACUCGAUCUGGGAUUCUGCGGACCCGCGAAUUCUCCCCUCUUCUCUGGAUGGACGAUCCGAUGCCUGCGUCGAUGUCUGAUAUUCUGAGGGUGCACUCCAUGUCCUACGUUGCGCGUCUCAAGCUCAGAGUGGAGGAUGCCUUCGGGAUCAGUACCCGGCUUCCGUCGCUGACUCUUCCGCUUCGUGCCUCCGCCACCCAGGCGCUGCCCGCUCCGUCAGCAGCAGGGACAGCGGCCCUCUCGGCAGCCGCAGCAGCUCUCGACGCGAAGCUGCAAGGGGAGCAGUACGAGCAGCAGAAGCGGCAGCACCUGGAGAAUAUCGGACCUGGCGGCCGCUACAGCUUCGUCUUCGCGGACGGCGACACGCCAGUUACCUGCUUCAGCUGGGCUGCAGCUGUGCACGCAGCCGGGGCAGUUAUCGCAGCGGUGGACGCAGUCUGUGAAGGCAAGUGCCGCAACGCGUUCUGUGCCGUUCGGCCCCCAGGCCAUCACCUGGGCAACUGGGGCGCUGCCCAAACCGCCGCCAACAAGCUUACAGACGAAGACAUAGCCGCCGGCAGUCAGGGCUUCUGUCUGUUGAACAACGUCGCAAUCGGAGCUUCAUACGCAAAGUAUAAUUAUGCCAGGAAAGGAAUACGACGCAUUGCCAUAGUCGACUUCGACGUGCACCACGGCAACGGGACCGAACAAAUUAUACGCAAUGUCGGCAUGAAAAUUCGCAAAGUCAAGCAACCGCAAGGCGCUGCCCUGCGCCUGUACCAGCGGGCUGCCGACGAGCUCCGAGGCUCGAACUGGCCGCCGUCAGGCAGCGACGUUUCGCCGCGCAACACCUCCGCGCCCAGUCACAGUCAGCAGGGGCGCGGCGUCGAACCUGUGUCCUGCGAUGUAGACCCGAGUGGCGCCGAUCCGCCCUCCUCGCCUGCGUACCCGAUGGGGGGGAGCGGCAAGGUUGCUGCCGGGCAGCCGCAGCAGAGUCUCGGCGCCGUCGAUGUCCCAGAGUGGAGGGGCUGGCGGGACGAGCGAGAUGCGGAGGAGCUUUUCUUUGCUUCCAUCCAUGCUUUCGACGGUUCAUUCUAUCCUGGGACAGGAGCGGACUGCGAGGACUACAGCGGACCAGUGGUGAUUAAUGUCAACAUUUUGCCUCAUCCGGCUCCCCCGUCCCGCCGCGAAUGCUGCUGCUGCGAGAAGUGCUCAACCCGAGAAUGCGCUGGGCUGCGCGCGCGUCGCCUCUCUCGGGGCGCGGCUCCGCGCGGUGAAAGAGCGGAUGCGCCCACAAAUCUGAUUGUGGGUGCCGAGGGAGCCGUUUCAGCGGGCAAGUUUCCGUGGGCGUGUCACUUUUGCCGCUACCCCUCUUUGGCGCCGUCAUCCGCUGCAGCGCGGAGGCUGUUUCUGAAGCGUAUUAUUCGCCCGCUUCUCCGCUUCGCGCCGGAUAUGCUGUUUAUUUCGGCAGGCUUCGACGGGCAUGCGCAAGACCAGAUCGGGGGCGCCUUUGGAGGCUUUGCAGAAGAGGACUUCCGUUUCUUCACGCACGUCCUGGUGCGGGCUGCGGAGCGAACAUGCCAGGGUCGUGUUGUGAGUGUCCUGGAGGGCGGUUACAGCGUGAGUGGAGGCGUUUCUAGCACUUUGGCAGCUUCUGUCAAAGAGCAUCUCCGCGGCCUGAUGCGCACGGCCUCCGGCGGCCCCUGCGUCCCUGAAGCUGCGCACGACGCGCAGGGUGAAGUUUUCGCAGGUUACGCGUCAGGAGGGGAUCCCCACGUCCGUGACGCAGGAGAGCAUUCCUGGGAAGAUGACAUAGAGGUCGGAGAUGACGCCGCCAGCGAAGUCACGGCAAGCGACGUCGAGGAGAGCUGGGAGCUGAUCACCGAGGAUAGCCCCGCAGAGCUUCACGCUGUGUCGGGCGACGACGCGUGCGUAUCACCGAGUGCCCACGUCGAGGAGGCGCUCGGCUUAGCAGGUCGUCUGUCCAAACGCGGACUCGAUGUCGUCUUGAGGGGCGAGGAAGCGCAUGCAGACCUGACAGCUCGCGCGUCAACUGGAGGUACCGGUUGCCUUGACCCAGGAAGAGAGUGUGAAGCCAACGCGGCCCGCAACAGGAGUCCGGCAGAGCCUUUGUGGUCCUCUGCGAGGUCUGGGUUGCUUCAUCAGAAGCGCUCACCAUCGCUGAGCGAGGGUAUCCUUCGGCUUCGAGAGCUUUGCCAAGGCCCAGACGGCGGUCGACAGUGA